AUGCGCAAUAAUCAUAAAUUGCUCAUGGAUCAGUUGGAGCAGAAUCAGGCUGCUAUGAGGGAGGAUAUGACCACUGUGAAGGCUCAGAUGGGUCAUCUCGUUGAAGCCCUACAAGCUCUGGCUAGGAGACAAGAGGAAAUGCGUCAGGCUAAUCUGAGAGCCUCUACUGCCAACCCAAUUGUUGUGACUAUACCGGUGAAUCCACCAGGAGAAGCUAGUACGCCUGCUGUAGCUCAUGCACCUCCCGAAAGAGGUAUGGUGUAUAAAAAUGCUAAUCAGACAUUCAAUAUCCCCGCCAAUGAGAGAUUCCAACCUGAGAUUGACGAUCAGCAGGAUGCUUUCUUCACUACAAAGGCUGACUCAGUUUAUGAAGCUUUUGGUCCUUCUCCUGCUGACCUCGAAAGGAGAUUUCAAAUGAUGGAGGAGAGAUUCAAGGCAAUGCAAGGUCCUGAUACCUUUAGGUUGAAUGCUGCCGACAUGUGCCUAGUGCCAGACGUGAAAAUUCCUCCCAAGUUCAAAGUCCCGAGCUUUGAAAAGUAUCAAGGGGUCACUUGUCUAAAGACCCACAUCCGAGCUUUCUGUAGAAAGAUGGCCGCUCAUUCUAAUGACGAGAAAUUCUUAAUGCACUUUUUCCAGGACAAUCUUAGUGGAACUUCUCUGGAAUGGUAUAUGCAGCUCGAGCGCACGCAUAUACGAACCUGGAGGGAACUUGCUGAAGCCUUCUUGAAGCAUUAUCAGUAUAACUCAGACAUGGCUCCCAAUCAGACUCAGCUCCAAAGCCUCUCUCAAAAGCCAUAUUAA